ACCCUCUUGCGUGAGAAAAACUAAGCAGAGCAGAAAGGAUAAAAACUGAGAAAGUCAGAGAGCUAGAGACUCUCAGGAGGUUGCAACAGAGGGAAGUAUGAACUUGUAUAGUAGAAAAGAGGAGCAGCUGUAAUGUCCUAAGGAAGGAACAACAUUGUUCUUUAGCUUUUCCAUGCAUCUGUUUAGGUGUGUGAGAAUAAUAUACAACAAACAGAAUCUGAAUGAAAGUUUAGUUUCCUUUGAAUAUAGAAAGUACAUCUUGAGGUAAAACCAGAGACACAGUAACUGCAGAGGCACAGGGACAGCUGAGAGGAAAAGAAUGUCCGAAUACAGCACUCUUCUAAGUGACCUUGAUGCCAACAUUACUUCGGAGGAUCUGGAGCAGCUGAAGUCAGCCUGCAAAGAGGACAUUCCAAGUGAGAAAAGCGAGGAGAUUGGAUCCUGCCAUGACUGGCUAUGCUUCUUGGAGAAACAUGAGAAACUCUCAAAAGACAACCUUGCAUAUCUUGAACACAUCUUCGAGAUCUCUCGGCGCCCAGAUCUGUUGACCAUGGUGAUAGACUACCGAACAAAAGUGCUGAAAAUUUCAGAAGAUGAUGAGAUAGACACCAAACUCACUCGAAUCCCUAGUGCCAAGAAAUACAAGGACAUUAUCCGUCAGCCUUCUGAGGAUGAAAUCAUCAAACUGGCACCACCCCCUAAGAAAGCUUGAAGAGAACAGAUUGUUAAAGACAAAUAUGAAAGACAUAACCCACGGCCAGCGGUCAUGAUCCUCAACCUAGAAUAUUCCCCCUCACCGCUAGCACUGCUGAUUACCACCUGCUGCACAGACGGAUGAACGGACGCCGGAGUGCAAGAGACAGACGGACAGAGUUAGUGUGUGUGUGUGUGAGCGUGUGUUUGCUUGCAUGAGAGGAAUGUAUUAAAAAAUGGAAAAGAAUAUUUGACAGACUUGUAUUACUUUUUUUUCCCUGGAUUGGCUUUGAUCUGAUUAUUCGCUGUGCAGACACUGUGUGUUUCUGUAAUCCCUUUUGCCUAGUGCUGUGAAAUGUUUGAGUUUCUUUUUUAAUAUUUAAAUCAUUCCUGUCACUGGGUUUGUGACUUUUUUAAUUAAAUUAAUUUUGUAAUGUUUUUUGAGAUUUCUAUGCAAGUGGAAUUAACUUGUUUUUCGUACUCCAAAAGCUGGUGUGCGCUCGUACAUUUUUGUGUGUAAUUAGCAUGUGUAUACAUUGCAUUGCCACUGUUUUUCAUGGGGAGGUGUCAUUUGUUAAAUUAAUUUUCAUAUUUUCCAGUGUUCAGAAGCCUGGAUUUCCCAUUUUCAGUCCAUUCACUUUACAUCCAAAGUGAUGCAUCUGCGUCUUGCAGACAAUAUAGUUGUAUUGAAAAUAUAAUGGAACUGGUAAAUCAAACCAGAUUUAUUGUUAAUAAGGUACAUUUAUUUAUCAAGAGGUAAAUAUUCUUGUCCAGUCUCUAGACACUUGAAGGCUCCUCUUAAAGAUGACUGUUGAAUUUAGGCUUGGUAAUCCUGUUUCUGGUUAUUGUCUAUUUGCCAAGUGACAUUAAAUAAGCUUGAUCUUCAAUGCUUAACUAUGGUAUGAGGGAAAGCCACUGAAAACCAGGGGAAGCCACUGAAAGCCUAGAUUUACCCUACUUGUCACUUAUGACUGGAGUAUAGCCAUCAAGAGAGUAAAUCCCUCUUUAGUCUGAGAGGGGUUGUUUUUUGUUUUAAAUUUUGUGUACGACUUAUUUCUUUGAGAGACUUAUUAAAAUGUUAAAUGUUAAAUGUUGUCGUAUAGUAAGACAGGUUUUGUGUGAUCUUUUUCUCGGUUAUCUGCCUCUGUAAAUCCUGUGUCUCUUAAGUAUGGUAGGUAAAACAAUGUGCAUACAUGGUGGCCAGUUUGGUUAAUGGCUUUCAAACUGUAAUACCAAGGUCAAGAUAUGCAGUGGCCGUGUUUCUUAAAGGUUCCAAAAUUGUUUAGUAGGCAGCUAAGAUGGCAAAUGAUUUUCAUACAUUAUGUGUAUGGUCCACUGAGUCCCAAUGAUGGACCAUUUCAACUAAAUUUACAGAAUUGCUUUGAGGUUAUACAACCUCAGGAGAUAAAGUCCAGAGAAUGUGGGAGGUGUUUUUUAAUUUUAAAAGUUUCUUUAAAUCAGACUGAUUUCUCUCUUACUAGAUUGGGACUCAUCAAGACCAUACUGUAACCUGUUGGUAGUCAGUAACCAAACAUAUUUGUUAGUAACUAUUGGUAACACAGUUCUUUUUCUACCCAGUUCAACUAAUACUAAUGUCUACUUCCUGACAGAAGCAGAGUCCUAUCUCAUUACUAUGUACUUCGCUGUUCCUUUCUGUACUUGGCAAUCCUUAUUCUGCUUUUAUGUUGCCUUUUUUGUAACACAUCAUAAAAGGCUGUUAAACAUGAAAUUCGCUGUAUUCCUACUGAUCUUUUGGGAAUUUGGCUUUCAUUAGGUGCUGCCUCUGUGACUGUUAUAUUGCUAGGCAACGCUGCAUGCAAGUAUCUGUUGCUAGGCGUUGUGCAUAGCAGUUUUUGUCAGCAGGUCUAGGACAUUUCUGCUCUUCUCUUGACUUUAGCGUACUUAGACCCUGCAGAAGUAUAAUCCUGUAUUUGAACAGAAUUCUUGUAGAUUAUAUUUGUCCUUGUAGCCAUAAUAACCACAAAUAUAUAAAAUAAAUACGAUAUGGCUAGAAAAUAAAACGUAUUUAAUUCUGAAUCAUGUUAAGAAGACUCUAGGUCCUGGAAUUAAGUGCUUUGUUGCCAUGAACUCAAAUUAAAAACAUUUUAUUUCCUAUCCUUAUAUUUAUUGUUCUUGUGUUGGACCAUCACUAUGCUUUCAAAGUAACUUCAUUUAGACUUUUGUAUCAGAAUGACUGCCUUUCCAAAACAGUUGUAUGAGCAACAAGUGUCAAAAUCCAUUACAGAUUGCAAAAAUGUUUGAAAUUGUGUGCGAAUAUCUCUUUUUACCUUCUGAGGAACAGUCUCCAACCCAACACUUUGACAGCAAACUUCAACUUAUAAUCAGUACUGAGGUCACUGUGCCUCAUGGGAAAUAUUUUUCCCUUCCAAGCUGCUAAUGGAUGUGCUAGUCAUCCUGUUGUAUAUCGUCAUGUAUUUUAAGAAUCAUUCAAAUGCCCAUCUGCGACAUUUCAUUUUGCUAACUCCGCCAUUGCAGCAACGUCAAGUCGUGCAAAAGGUGAAAACAUUUUUGCCCAGAACAGUGGUGACAUUGUAAUGAAGACUUAUACAUUUAUGUAAGUCAAAUGAAAAGGAAUUUAGGGAAAGGUUGCUACGUCAUUGAUUGCACUACUUCUAAGGAUGUUUCUAUUAAAAAAAAAAACAAAAAACUAAGGAAAGGAGGUGAAGAUUUACUGUGAUUUUCUCUCCCAAUCUGUUUCUCACUGCUCUAAGUAGUUUUGUUGUUUAUCUUUGUUGUGAAAGUCCCUUGGCACCCAUGAUGCAUGGGGGGGGGGGGGGAUUAUUUUCCUUAAGUUUUUAUUGUUCCUUAAAGCCAGGGCUGCAUGAAGCUUUCCUACAGGUGGUUAUAUCAGUGUCCUAGAUUGUGUCACUCAUGGCAGUGACGUCAAACUUCCUGCUGCUUAAUUUGGGUAGCACUGAAUGUGAUUUUUGCAGCAAUAGUCACUGCCCCACCACCACCAUCAGACAUGAUUCUGUAUAUGCUAUCCUGUAUCCUUGUUUGUCUGAUGUCUGUAACAUUAAUAUGCAGUAUUGUAUCUCUUUUUUUUUUUACUCACAAUUUUUAUUUUCAAACAAAAAUAUUGCAGAUACAACAUCUAAAUUCUAGUACAUAAUUUAAAUUGUAAUACAUAACUAUAUACACUAUAUACAUUUGGCCUACAAGAAAAAUCAAUAAAACCAGUUUGAUUCAAAAUACAUAGACUAAACAUGCAUUUAAGUAAAACAUUUAAAAUAAUCAGGGAGAGACGCAGUCCAAUAAUAUAGUAUCUCUUCACUGUAUUCCGCACUGUGUUGACUACAGAACACAUUCCUUUCCAGUUAUGCUGCCUGUCCCAAAACGCACAACAUGGCCUGAUGAUAUGCAACAUAAUUGGCAGAGAAUAAACCACAGUAAGUGGACAUCUGAAAAUUAUUUGGAGAACUUCUAAUCUGAAAUGCAAAUUUCACAAUUGCCAUAAAUGACUCUUCCUUCACAGAUGUAGACAUAACAGACACAGCUGCAUUGGCAAUGAGUCCUAGAAUGUUAGUUAUUCAAGUCUUUAUAAAACAACUUUCACUGAAAAUCACUUAGCGAAUCUAAUAUCAAGCUUUUUCUGCAGAGACAUGCCCCAUAUGUGGGGUUACCACCACCCCAGGUAUCCCCUUAGUCACAGAGCACUCUGGAUUUGCUGAAAGACCCCUUUAGAGUAAUUUCUUUAGAAAUAGUUCUAUAACAUCUUUCACAUUCAUCCAUUGCUAGCGUCUUUUUUUUCCCAUCUUCCUCGUAUACUUUUUGUUAUACUUGGCAAGUGCUUAAAUGUUUCUUAAACAUUUUUGAACAGUCAUUUAUUGAGUAUCUUUAGUGCUGUCCUACUUUUUCAUUUGUUGCAGGACCCCAAGACCAUACUUUAUCAGCUGAUUCACACUGCAUAACACUUCAGGAGUAGUCAUUGACUUCACGUUAUUGAAUAUUUGUUCUGCUGCAUUAGGUAAACAGAUUCCUGCAAUCUUCAGACUUGAUACUUGUAUUCCCUGUAAAAACUAUAGACCAGCAUGUUUUCUAAAGAGGGUAAAACCUGGAUGAAAUAACAAAGAUCUUGCGCAGUGAAGGCAUGUGUAGCAUAAAAAAAGGUGUCUUGGCAUUGUUGUAUUUUGUGAAAUGGCAAUACACAGAAUGGGAUUCCCCCUCCCCAGCAUGUGACUUUUUUCUUAAUGAGGAUUAACGAAAGGCAGGUAAUCAUAGCAGGAGAAUAGUAUUAAAUUUGAGUUUCCUUACUUGAAAAGUUUGGGAUUGAAAGUUUCGAGGGUAGUGUGAAUGGAGACAAGUUGUGUGCAAUUAAAAUAUCUUAAAUCUUAUAGGUUGCUAAAAGAAAGUAGAACACAGACGAUGCUGUUUCUAAAUGUCGCAAGUGGGCCCAUAGCUGUCUGACUCUUAACAAAGUGAUACUUCAAUUUAUUUGGGGAAAGUGCUUCACCAUGAUGUAGCCCUAGAACCUCGAGUAAUUGUUGGUGCAAUUGUUGAUGGAAUGUCUGCGUACAAGAAGUUGGUAACUUUAUCAGAGGUGGAAUGUCUUAGUAUAAAACAAUAACUUUAUCAGAAUGCUCCUGUUAGUACUUGUUACAUAUCAGAGACAAUAUGCUGUCAUCACUUAAUGUCUGAGGAAAAGCUUCAGAACAGGCUAGUAAGUACAUGUAAAAGUUGUGACUAACUGAAAAGGAUGGAUUUGACACUUUCUCUGAUGUACAAAACAGAAUGUGAAAGGAAGGCCGAUGCACUCCAAGAAGAGGUGGCCAUCUGAAUGUAUGAGAAGGAGACAGAAAGUUGCUAGCAAACAUUAUACUGAGCCACAAAGCUAACAGAGCAACCACACAUUUUGAAGAGUGGAUUUCAAUUAGUCUACGAGAGAGAGAGAAAUGGGGAGCAUGGAGUUGUGUUGGCACAUUUUAAAUAUUUUAUGGGUUAGACAAUACAGUUUGGAAGUUAUGCAUGUAGUAGAUACAAGUAUGUGAGUAUAAAAUGCAUUGAAGGGAUAUUUGAUGCUGCAUAAAAUUAGUGGAGACAAAUGGAUUGAAGUGUAUUCUUGUACAAAGGUCUACUCGAGAGGGUUUGACGUAGGAGUUAGUUUAGCAAGCACAUUCUUGGACUCAUUAUGGUGAUCUUUCCUCAAACUAUAGUAACAGCCUUGAGUCUAUCUUCCAUAUCAAAGUAUGCAAUGAUCCCACAUGCUGAACCCCCCCCCCCCAAAGUGUGCAUGCAAGACACACUUGGAAAAAGAAAGAUUAGCUUAGUACAUUAUUCAUUUGCUGCUGAUUGGCAUUCAUGUUGACUAUCAUUCUGCACCAAGUCUAAUCUCACAUAAAAUAUCAAGUAGAUAAAGAUUUAAGUGAAUGUUUUCGGUCUUCUUUUGAUCUCCCGUGAAACAGCCCUAAGCAUUCCAUAUGGAGGUUUACUGGACUCUGACUUGUACACUUUGACAAAUGUAGACUUUCUAAUUGCUUGUAUUUGAAAUUUGUUUGGUUAAAGUCUUUUUAAGGUUGUUUUUGCAUCCAUGUCUUCUGGCCAUAAAGCCGUCCCCUUCUGGACUUGUUAAAAGGUGAGAGCCACCUAGUGACCUCAUACAGGCAACCAUGAAAGUUCCUGUGCCAACAGCAGCAUUCCAGCUAUGAGGAUUUAACCCUCAUCUCGAUGUGAGGAAGGCAGGAUUAAUUAGUUCUGUUAGAGUGGACUUUGGCAAGUUCACACUCUACGAAGUCUACCAAAGACCUGUGGCUUAGUGAGUUGAAAGGCUAUCCCCCCCCCCCCCCGAUAUGCAUUUGCAGCUCUGCCUAUUCUACAAGGGAUUGUAGCAAUCUAUCUCCUCUUCCCCUGCCCUGCCUCCCAAGGAUGGGCAUGUUUAUCCUUUGCUGCCAACUCUGUAAUUGAACCUGGGUCACAUGGUCCAUAGUCAGAGCUUUAUCCCUCUUUGCCACCACAUGUGGCUGCAUUGGUGAAAGUUUGCUUUCAAACAGAUUGAGUUCUGGUUACACUGUAGGAUGAGUUUAGAGGCGACUUCUCUGGUGGAAUAGUUCUUAAGCUGUAGAGCUAAGUUCAGGGGGUAAACUGUUUCUGUGUUUAAAAAAAUAAUUAGCAGAGUUCUAGCAGGAAGGAGUAGUUCUGAGACAUUUGCCUUUAUAGGUUGCACAAGAUGAGUAAGUGGCAUUGGUUCUGACCAAAUGGAUUAAUCUAGUAGCUGCUACCUGCAAGGGAUACACAGGAUGAGCAGAAGUAGGUGUCUAGUAGCAUUAAUUUGGAACUAGAACCUUCAAGGGUUGCCGAGAAGUAUCAUUUCAUGCAUAGGGAUUAGUCGGGGGCAGCUGCUUUCAGGGGUUGAACUGGAUGACUGGCAGAAGAACAGCAGGGGGUCUGGCUACAAUGCAGCUACAUUGAAGGGUCAUACAGCAUGAGCAGCAGUGUGGGUUCUAGCUGCAAUGUUACUGUACAGGGCGGUACCUUUGUGAGUUGCACAUUGUCUGUACUAGUAUGGGAUGUAACUACAGAAUUAAUACAGGGGCUGUUACUAAUAGGGAGCAGGAAUCUGAAUAGCUUUCACUAUUGAUGGUUACAUAGCAUGAGUGGAAGGUUUAGCUCAGGGUUAAGUGCCAAAACAAUUUGCACUUAGUGGGGACUAAGAGAUCAGCAGUUUGAUGCACAGAUUUGCAUAUGCUGAAUCGACUUAGUGUAUCAUAGUGAUAUUGUACUACAUGAGUGUUGGCACAUUGCACAGUAGGACUAUAGCACGGAGGUUUAUAUAGGAUACAUAGCGGUCUUGAUUGCAUGAGGCAUUUGAGUUUUGCAAUUCUGAACACUAGUAAUAUCCUGCAUAAAGGAAAUUGUUGAGAGAAGCAUAUGAAAAUAAACAUUAAGACCUGCAUCACUUGUGAUUAAGUGCAUGUCAUAUGUCAACUGCUCAGCUCAUUCACAGCUCAUUUUCAACAGUGGUUUUGCAAGGGGGUAGCCCCUGUAGCCUCCAUAAUGAGGGCUUUGCUCCCCAUACCUCAUUUAUAUAUACCUUGUGUGCAGCUGCACAGCAAUCAAGAAUGGAUGAAACCCCCACUGCAGAGCACAGGAGGUCCCCCACAAAUAGCAGCACCAUUGUAUAUUGUAGACGGCAUUACAAGCUAGGAAGUCUGUGCCAUUAGAACCUGAUGUUACAUCCGUUCAAUGGAAGGGAAGCCAAAUGGGAUGUUGCUUCAUAGGUUUACUUGGCGUACCUAUUUACAUGGUUAUUCACUGCAACAGACUGAAAAUAGUCUGCUCUUUGUGGUGUAGAGAAUGAACUGAGGAGUGUUGCAACUGCAGGACUUCAUUCAGAAGUGAUAGACAUCUCGACUCAUUCAAGGUAGUGUGCUGCUAUUAUUUCUAUAUAUAUUUAUCAUUGUCCAUAAGUUUGUAAAUGUGUUUGCCUCAGAGAGAUCUCUAUGUAAUGUGAACAUAAGAUUAUGUAUUGUAAUAUUACAAGAUCUGUGCUUAAAUAAAGUAGUCAAGAUGAGUUGAAUUAUAGGGCAUAGCUUGUUGCAAAAUGUGUUUAAAAAUGUUGCUUGAAUGGUUAGUUUGCUGCAAAUUAAACUUGAUAACUUAGUGGCAGUACAGUAACAGCAUUUAAAGAGUGAGAAGGGAGCAGCUGUUAAAAUGAAAUUGUUAGCACAUCCAGCUGUAUGACAUCAUACACCUAGUUGAAAGUAUGAGACGUCAUACUGCGAGUCCCAACGGUGCAGUUAACAUGUGACAGCAGCAAACUUUGGACACUAAAAGCAUUAUUUUGCAUGAAGCAAGUUUUCUUCUACACCCUCCAGUAUGGGAAGGCUGCACCCCAAUAUCUCCUCUCUUCCUUUGGGAAGAGAAGGGGGUCCCCCCAAUAUACAGCAGAUUCAGAUAUCUCUUCAAAUAAUUGCACUUGCAUUUUGGAACUUAUCAGAUUUGCAACUUGCCGGAAUCACAAUAUGGAGUCUCAGACAUAACACUGUGAACCUGACAUGAAGAACAAAGCCAGCUGUUUCACUGCUUCUGUUAAAAAAUAUCAUUGAAGCUACUAAUCCCCUCUAGAUGUAUUAUGAACCUUUAAUACACAUGCCUGACCCAUCUAAGUAUAUUGGCCUUACCUGUCUAGUUAGGAGGAGCCAGAAGCCAAGUCUUAAGGUCUAGGUUUACUACGGAAGUACUGUAGGUAAGACAUAUAAGAUUCUAAGCUGAUGAUAUGCAUUUGAAACUAGCAUAUGAUUUAUAUAGCUUAGACCUAGCUGCAUCAAUAGGCAGUACGGCAUUGUAUGUAGGUAAAUAGAGGAAGUACAAACCUGAGUGUUAUAUUCAUGUUGCAGUGGUGGGCUUGUAGUGCUGGUCUUCGGCCGUGUGCUUUAGUGGCUGUGUAAUGCUAAUGCAAACAUGAGCAUCAUUUACCUGAAUGUUUACAAGCUGAUGUGUAGAAACAUCUGUUGGAAGUACGCAGGAAAUUAUGAUCUCCUGCUCUUCAUGCUGUUCAGUUUAAAGUCACUCCAGUAAAAAGAUAACACAUUUAGUCAACAAACACCUUGUUUUAAACUUUUUUCAGUCUGUGUCUGUUAUAACAUGGUUUCUGAGAAAUCAGAAGUUUUCAAGGAUUAUUUUUCCUGGGUUAUGACUAUUGCUUUUGUGGUGAGUAGUUAACAUGUUGUUAUACUUCUAAACAAAAAAAAAAUGGUCUGCGUGUUCUUGUUUAACAAGAAACUUAACAAGCACAUUUUAAUUAAAUGAUAAAUUGUGAAGAAGUGAGUAAAGAAGCAACAAGCAAAUGUUACUUGCACAUUAAGUCCUAGGUGGCAGAGCUCAGAUGGUUUGGAAGGGGUCAGAGCUUUCAUCUCUCUCCAUUCCUUAACUUUCAGUUCAGAACUGAAUGCAGUGUUGGUUAAGGUUCCGUCCCAGUACCAUAAGCUUUAUUGCAUUCAGCCCAUUUCCUGGUUGCAUUGCAAAUGAUUAUUUCCAUCUUGGAUUACUGUAACCUUUCCCCCACUGCUAAAAUCAUGAAGUCAGGAGAGAGUGUUUUUGCACCUUAUUUCUAAUCGUAUAGACUGGGUAGCUUCAUAUGGUUUAAUCGGAGUGUUUGCAUAAUUUAACUCCGUAGCUAAAUGAAUGACUUAAGUAUCCAAGCCAUCUGGUAUUUAAUGAUGUACAUUUUUGAAUUUUUAAAAGGAACAUGGAUAAAUUUCCUUCAUCUGUGGGCACUGAGUGGUAAGCUGCAGUCCACUAGAUUGUAAGAUGUUAAUAGGACUCCUAGCUGAAUUUGUUAUUGAAUCUCUAGGUUCAAAGCUUAUGCCAGCAGAACUUUUCUUCUGUGUACUAAUCACAAGCAAUUAGUUGUGGGAAAAUAGUUCUAAAAUCAUAAUGUGAAAGACAGGCACUGAGAAGGUGAGGUCUCCCAACCCAUAAAGGGGUACUUACUUCAUAUGUAAAAGACAGUGGUCUGAUGUUUUACUUGGUUUGUUAUUACUGCAGGAUUACAUCAGAUUAAAAAGUUAAUAAUGCCUAGAGAAUUUUCCUGUUUGAACUAUGCUACAAAAGAAAACAUCGUGCAUCUGAAAAAAUAGAUUUUCACCUAAAAGUGGUGAUCUGUUUAAGUAGUAACUUUCCUAGAUUUCUUUGUGCCAAAAACAAUAUUUUGCAGGUGAUGUUCCAGACCUGACGCCUGCACUUCACAAUUUAUGUAGAUUUAAUGCAGAUUUAAUGCUUGUUACAUGUGUGAUUAUGUUGUGAAGCUAAUGUUUCGUUCUGGUUUUCCCACCUUUAGACCUGCCUGGGAAAUGAUAAUCGCAGCAUUUGUUUUUGCUACUCAUUGCACGAGCAUCUGUGAAUAAUACAGUGUUCCUUUCUGAUACAGGUACAUAUUUCAGCUUAACACCUCCGGUUAUAUACAGCAUGAAGGGAAUUUUCCAGAAUCUGAUACAGCAGUGAAAAACUGGGACACGAGGUGGGGUGGCAGAGGACAGUUUCUGUUUAAUGCUGAUAUACUUUAGUUCCCAUUAUCUUUAAUCUAUUCAGGUCAGUAGUAUGAGAUUUGCGCAGAAGCACAAAUUACCGUUUUGAUAAAUAGGCAGUUUUGUACUUGUGCUGAAAGGUAACCAGACGGCAUUCAUCUUAAAUUACAUGUGCCCCUUAUUUGACUUUAAAAGGAAAGGCAUAUGAUAAUUAUUUGCUUUAUUUCUGUCUGAAACUGGAAAUGUUUUUUGGAUUUCAGUCCUUUCCCUGUUGCCUAGUCUAGACCGUUUUAACUGUGUAUAUAUUAUAUAAAUAUAUAAAUAUACUUACAAUUAUGUUUAUAUCAUUCAUUUGUGGAAAGUAAUUUAUUUAAUACAGAAUAUUAAAACUGCAUAAGACUAAGCUUUUCAGAUAUGGGAUACUUUUUUUUUUUUUUACAAAGAAUAUAAAAAGGAAAAAAAAUCGAAUUUGAAAGUUAUGGAAACAUUGUUAGAGGAGUUCUUGAGCAAUCUGGUUUAAUAUUAAACUAAAAAACAUGCUUCUAAAUUGGUCUGUGCAGUGUUUUCUAUUCAGAUGCUUCUAUUGAAAUGCUUCUGGCUGGCUUGUGCUUUCGUCAGGAAUCUCUCAGUAACCUUUUUGGAAAGUGUAACAUCCAUUUGAACCUACCCAGUUUCUUCCAACACCAAAACAAAUUAGCAGACAUGCUUGUUGACCGUAAAUCACCUACUUUCCUCCUUGGAAUGUCUUGAUUUGCUCAGAGAUAGUCAUGUACUGUAAAAUUACCAGUCUUAUCUGUUUAGAUUCCCACUGUGUUUUAGAUGCAUUUUAUAAGUUUCAGAGUUCAGAAUUUUUACUAUGUCUAGAACCAAAAUAAAUUAAAUUGCAUCUGAGAGUUCUUGAUGUGAAACACUAUAGACCCAAUUCCAAAAGACUUGCUGUUGGUGUAUUAUAUCAGAGUAAGUCACUUACACUGACUGCAACUCUCUUGGAAUUGAAUCGUAAAAAUCCUAUCUGAAAAGGUAGAAGUUCAUAAAUAUUUUAUUUAGAUGCAAUCUUACAUACCAUUACUUGUUUCAAAAAAUGAAAUAUUGUCUCAAGCAGAAAACGUCUGGCUGGUUAAAAAUGUUACCACUGUCAAGAUUCCUGUUUAAGAAACAAGGUUUGAUUAUUUAGGUGUUUAAUUCAACACUGUUCUGUUACUGUAUUUUCAUUUUCAGACCCUAGCACAAUGUCCUUGUUUCACAUACAACUCUUUGUAAUGAAAACUCAUUCUGUCUGAUGGCUUACAAGUUUAAAAUCUCUUACAAAAUUAGCUUACUAAAAUUGUGUAAGCUGCCUGGAAUGAAAUCUGGUAUUGGUUCAGGUGUUAAAGCAUGUAAGGGAUUUCCGCAAAUUAAGUGCUGUUUGAUGCUCUGUAUAUGUACGUAUUUGUUAAUGUGUGACUUGUUACAAGCAGGGCGUUAGACUGUGAACAGUGUUGUCUUCUUUGCACUAAUCUAUUUUUCUGCAUCUCCUUGUCUGCCAGAUUCAUUUUUGUAAAAACUAAGAACAAAGAAAAGAAUGAAUAUUGAUAAAUGUUAUCUAUAAGGCCUAGCUUUUCCAUGGAAAUCUAAACAAAAAAAUUAAAAAAAAAAAAGUGUUAAUUUUCUCAUUGUGCAGAUAAUGACAGAGUUUAUCAUAUUAAAUAUAUUUGCUAACCAAAAA